AACAGCCAAGCAAAAACUCAUAUCACUCUGUAGUCUCUUAUAAUGUGGUUGUGUCAUGGCAACAUAUUUCAGCAGGUAUAUAAGAAAUUUCUUUUAAAAAUAUGAUACGUAGCUGGUCACUAAAUGUACCAUAACUGAUGGAUUUGUCCCUUGGUUUUUAGUCGAGUCUUCCAUUGAAAUAACGCAAGAAGAUGGAAGACGUGUCUUUGGGGACCAUGCUGGCUUACACAAGGAGCCGCAAAACCUCAAGGAGAACCACGUUUCAGGACGAAUUACAGGCUGCAAUCUCAGCCAGGGCUCAGAGGAGUACCUACGAGGAAAGGUAUUCUUACGCAGAUGACUUUGACGAUGAAGAUGAUAUAUUUAAGGAACUGCUACAUUUUUCCAAACAGAAGAAGACUGGGGCAUUGAAAUUGGAUAAGAAGAAAUCCAAAAUCAAUGACUUCAGGCUCUCUGAUGACGAGGACGAAAACGCGAAACCCAAGCGAGUAUCAUUUCUAAAGACACAGAAAAAGACAUCCUGCCCACCCCCAGAAGUUCCGGAACAGAGGCAGAGCCCGGAGGCACCUGUAGACAAUGGUUCGGAUGGUAGCCAUAGUGAUUUCGUACAGCCGGUUCACUCUAGAAGCAAUGUCCUGGAUUCCAGGGAGUCUCCGACCUUGGAGAGGGGUCAGUGGGAAUGCCCUUCACCCCGUGACACUGGCGAGGUCAGACCAGAGGCAAGAAUUGCAGAUGAAGAAGAUUCCAGCCUCCAGCCUAAGGAACCAAGCACAUUACAGAGCAGCUCCACAUGUUCUGGUAGUGUUUUGGAAGAUGAGUUGCCCAAACCAAAGCCUCGUCAGAGGACCCUGAAGUUCCCCACUAACAUGGAGAGCGAGUCGCUGCCAGAGAGGCCUCUCACAUCAUCUGUGUCCAUCCCCCUGUACCCCACGGAGAUGGACAGCAUCACAAACAGGGUCUUCCACAGCUCUAGUCCCCAGAGGGCUCCCAGAGAAGACGUCUCCGUUUCAGCCAAGUUCAGCACACAGACGUUUUCUGCUGAAGACCAGCUUGACAUUUCUGUCCACAAAUCCACACCUGGCUCAGUGAGCAAAGAGUCGUGCGCUUUGGAAGACGGAGAAGAAGGAAAUUCACAAAAAAACAGCACGUCCUUUGAAGAGAAGCAGGAGGACACUGCAGAUGGAUCCCAGCUUAGCGGAAACAUGGAGAGCUGUGUCGCAGAAAAUUCCUACAAGGCCAGGGAGAGGCCGGCAAGUUCCUUCACGGCCAGAUCUCAGAGGACCCAAAUCUGCCGCCCGCACACAGCACAAUCCCGAUAUCUGGGGACGCUGAAAGUAUUGGAUCACAAAGUGUACACUAAAGAAUCCCAGGCUGAAAAUGCUGACUCUUUGAGGGCCACGGUGUACCAGGAGUGGCUAAAAGGUAAAGAUCAGAAAACGAAGGAAACACUGAGGGUCAAAAAACAAGAAGAGAAAACAUUAGCGGAGAAAAAGAUUCAGGAAGCCCUGGAUAAAACAGGUGAAGCCAAAGCAUCAUUUGAAGCCUGGAAGGAAAAGAAAGCAGAAGUCACGAAAACGAAAAUGCGAGCAGAGCGUGAAAAGAUCAGGAAGCAGCAGAUGGAAACAGACGAGAAGGAGGAGAAGAGAGAAGAGGCCAAGAAGGUCUUUGAGAAGUGGAAGCAGGACCAGGACAAAUGUCUGAGGGAGAGGCAGCAGACGGAGAAGGUGAGCGAAAGCAGGCUGAAGCAAAAGCGGGAGGAGCAGACGGAGAUGAGGAGGAGAGAGUGUACGUCAGCCUUCAGCAAGUGGAGUGAAAAAAAGGAGGAGGUCAUUCAAGAAAAAGUGAAGUCGGAGCGUCGGCAGAAGAAGAUAAAGGAAGAGGAAGAGAAAUAUGAGAAAGAGGAGAAGAGCAGAAUGGCCCUGGAGAUGUAUGAGACGUGGAUGCGACGGAAGGAGCGUCAGAGGCGACGAGAGAGGAGACAAAGGAGAAUCGACUCCAUUCUGCUGGAGGCCCCUCCUCCAUGGAGCCCACCCAGUAAGACGGUACCCUAUGGGAAAUAGACUCACAGUUUCUUUAACUUAUGCAUUACGAUGCAGCCAGACCAGGAUCUCUGUGUUGUGACUAAAACAUGGCUGUACAUAUUUUGACAAACGUGUAUAAAUAUAUUUGGAAUCCUUUAUUAAAUGUAUUGUAGCUUA